AUGAGGAAAUUCCACCCGCCCGGGGCCUGCGCCGCCUGCAGCGCUCCCCGGGGAGCCCGGCCCUGGCAGCGCUGGCACCGCCGGUGUCCCCUGCCCAGCCCUCCCGGCCCCGUGGCCCCCGCCAGGCCCCCCCAGGACAUCAGCCUGGAGGAGUUCGAUGACGAGGACCUGUCGGAGAUCACGGACGACUGCGGCAUCGGCCUCAACUACGACUCGGACCACUACGAGAAGGACUGCCUGGUGCUGGAGCGCGGGGAGCAGCCGCACCCCGUGUGCACCUUCCAGGACGACUUCCAGGAGUUCGAGAUGAUCGACGACAACGACGACGACGACGACGAGGAAGAGGAGGAGGAGGAAGGCAACGAGCUGGAGGCGCCGCCGUCCCCCUCGGCCUCGCCCAUCCCCUCGCCCGCCCUGGAGGAGACGCAGAAGCACCGCCCCACCACCCUCAACCUGACGGCCCCGGGCACCCAGGAUUCCCUGAACAACAACGGCGGCUUCGCCCCGCCCGCGCCGCGCCCCAGCUGGCAGGACGCGCUGCUGCACUCCUCCUCCUCCUCCUCUUCCUCACACACCGGACACUCGUCCCCCCACGCCUGCAUCCUGGACGGACCCUGCCUGGAGAGCCCGCCGGGCCCCGGGGGGGCUCCCCCCUCGCUGCCGCCCUCCCCCCUGGACUCGCAAGGCAACAGCCCCGAGUCCCUGGCACAUGGUAACCCAUCGCCCCCGAGAGCCGCGCCCGAUUUUAACAUGAACCUCAUCUCCGCUGCGCUCCGAGCUCCGCUCUCCCCGCCGCGCCCCCGCCAGCAGCCCCCGCCUCACCCCUGUCUCUCUCCAACAGGGCCCGCGGCUCCCCCCGGCGCCCCCGAGGCCGCCCCCCCGCCCCAGGCCGCCCCCCAGCCGCAGCCGCAGCCGCGGCCCCCCCGGCCGGAGCGGGACGGGGCUCCCGCGGAGCCGCUCAGCUCCGACGGGGAGGGCGCCCAGUCCGGCCGGGCCGCCAGCGUGCGCGGCCACCCCUCGGGCUCCUCGGAGACCACCUCGCCCUCCUCGGACCCGGGCAUCGAGGCCGACCUCACGAGCCGCACGGCCAAGCCCUUCCUGCCCGGCGGGCGGCGCGGGGACGAGCUGAGCUCGCCCGGCUCUGACUCGGACGUGGACGGGGAGCUCGAGGCGGCUUUCGCCGGCGGGCGCCUGGUCAGCAACAUGAUCUCGUCCAUCUCGGAGACCGAGCUGGACCUCAGCAGCGACAGCAGCAGCGGCCGCUCGUCCCACCUGACCAACUCCAUCGAGGAGGCCAGCUCGCCCGGCUCCGAGGGCGAGCUGGAGCCCGAGCUGGAGGCGCCCGGCCUGCUGGGCAUCAAGGACUCGCUGCUGCUGGACAAGGGCAAGGAGGAGGAGGAGGAGCCGGCCGAGAGGGGCCCGCCGGAGCGCGGCGUGCUCAGGAGGGAGAGCCUGGCCGAGCUGAAGAUGGACGCCUACUACGACAGCCUGGACCCGGCCGACGGCCCCGCGCCCGAGGGCCAGACCGACGUGUCCAGCGCCAGCCCCCUGGACCUGAAGAUCGACCCCGACCACAGCCUGGAGAGCAUCCGCCGCUCCUUCUACCUGCCCGUGGGGCCCAAGCUGAUGCCCGAGGCGGACGAAGAGGACAACAGCGAGUACGACUCCGACUCGGAGUCGGAGCCCGACCUGAGCGAGGACUCGGACUCGCCGUGGCUGCUCAGCAACCUGGUGAACAAGAUGAUCUCGGAGGGCUCGUACCCCAUCAAGUGCCCGGACGAGUGCUUCCAGAACAGCCACUCGCUGUGCGACACCAUCUCGCCCGCCUCCGACCUGGAGCCCGAGAUCCUGAGCGAGGCGCUGGACGAGGAGCCGGCCCCGCGGGACUCGCCGGCGGCGCUGGCGGACGCGGCGGCGGCGGGGACGCGGUGCCAGCGCGGUGCCAUCGAGCUGGUGGACAUGGAGACGCUGCGCAGCUCCCUGGCCGAGGCCGAGCACGCGGCCGCCGAGCCGCCGCCGGAGCCGCCGGCCGAGGAGCCGGGGCCCUUCCUCUUCCUCAGCAACCCCACCAACGACACCAUCGCGCCCGUCUGCCCCGGCCGCCCCGUCGCCCUCGGCCGCCUGGACGCCUCCGAGGUCCUGGCCACCCUGGGCUGCCGCCCGGCGCCGCUGCCGCGGGCGUCCCCCGGCGCCGAGCCCCCCGUCCCCGGCGGAGAUCGCCGCCCCGCCAGCCCCCGGCGCUGGGCCCUCGACGGGGACCUGGACUCGGGCGUGCUGGAGGCCGACUCCAUGAUCGACGACGUCCGGUUAGCGCCCGACGCCGACCCCGCCGCGCUGGACGUGUCCACGGCCAAGACCAACCGCGGCUUCGCCAUGGCCCUGGAGGAGGCCGAGCCGCCCUUGGUGGCCCCGCGCCGGGGCAGCCCCGCCGGGGAGGCGCCGGUGCCGCCGGAGCCGCCGGCGCUGGACGAGUCGCUGGCCUACGACUCGGUCAAGUACACGCUGGUGGUGGACGAGCACACGCAGCUGGAGCUGGUCAGCCUGCGGCGCUGCACGUCCGUGCUCAGCGACGACAGCGACAUCCUGAGGGCUUGCGACGACGAGGUGGCCUUUGGGGACGGGCUGGUGGCCCCCGACGCGCGCAGCUCCUCCGAGGACUCGUCCCCCGAGGCCGACCUGCAGUUCUCCAAGAAGUUCCUCAACGUCUUCGUCAACAGCACCUCGCGCUCCUCCAGCACAGAGUCCUUUGGGCUGUUCUCGUGCAUGGUGAACGGCGAGGAGCGGGAGCAGACCCACCGCGCCGUCUUCAGGUUCAUCCCGCGGCACGAGGACGAGCUGGAGCUGGAUGUGGACGAUCCCAUCCUGGUGGAGCUGGAGGAGGACGAUUACUGGUACCGCGGCUACAACAUGCGCACGGGCGAGCGCGGCAUCUUCCCCGCCUUCUACGCGCACGAGGUGGUGGGGACGGCCCGCGAGGCCGCCGGUUUGGGGUCCGGGGGGGCUGUGGGUCCGGCUGUGCCAGCUCUGGGGGUACCAGCCCCCUCUUUCGGGGUCUCACGGGUCUGGGGGUGCCACCCUGUGCCCCCUGCCCGGGCUGACCCCCCUCCCCCUGCCUGCCCCCCCAGCCGAGCGUUUCAGGAAUAUUACCAGGAGCACCUGGAGUACGCCUGCCCCACAGAGGACAUCUACCUGGAGUAGGGGUCCUGCCACCCCUGGGGCUCGGGGCCACCCCUGGGGACUCGGGGUCACCCCUGGGCUUGGUGUCACCCUUAGGGACUCGGUGUCACCCUUAGGGACUCGGGGUCACCCCCAGGGACUUAGGGCCACCCCUGGGAUUCGGGGUCACCCUUAAGGACUCUGUGUCACUCCUGGAACUCGGGGUCACCCUUAGCGACUCAGGGUCACCCCCAGGGACUCAGGGUCACCCCCAGGGACUCGGGGUCACCCCCAGGGACUCGGGGUCACCCCCAGGGACUCUGUGUCACCUCCAAGGACUUGGUGUCACCCUUAGCAACUCGGGGCCACCCCCGGGACUCAGGGUCACCCUUAGGGACUCAGGGUCACCCCUUGGGACUCAGUGUCACCCCCAGGGACUCUGGGUGACCCCAGGGACUCUCUGGGUGACCCCCAGAGUCUCUGCUCCCACCCUCGCACCCCCCCGCACGCCCCCCCCCCCCUCGGGGGU